CGGUAACGGGCGAAUAUUUCUGAAAGUGUUUUCAUCUCGAAAACUUGAAUUUGCGUUUGUAAAAGCAAGUUUUAAUUAAUUUAAACACUAGUGAAAAUAAUGUUAGUGUGAGCAGUUGUGUUUUCUGUGUAAUUACCAUACAUGUUGAAUAAUGGAUCCCUUUACUCAGCGUAUGUUGGAAAGAGCGCGUGCCAGACAAGAGAAAAUCGACCAGAAACUGGCUAGUUCUGGCCAGACAGUGCCCAAGAGGAAACCUUUGACUGAAAACAUCAGUGUUAUAAAGAAUGCGAGUCCCAUCAGGUCUCCUAGUAAAGCUAAAGAGAGUGUAUUGUCUCCUAGAAAGUCCUUGAAGUCGGAAUUACCGGCUAAGACUGUUACACGGAGGCCAAGUUUGCAGAAGAGUCAAAAUGCGGUGGUUUCCCCACAGAAGUCUAGAAAUGAUGUUGUUGUGACAAAAAAAGAGUUCAGCAGUCCUAGAGGAAGCAUAGGGAGGCGUAAUUCUGAUGUUUCGCUGGAGAUAAACAUCACUCAUAGGAAUGAUAUCAAAGUGGAUGUCCAAAUUGAAGAGAUAGAUGCCCCCAUCUCAGUGGUAUACAAUACGAACAGUGACAGUGAUAGUAAUGUGGUGAUAAAAGAAAUUGAAGACGGUUCAACAAAGAUGCCACUGGAACAGGCUCCUGAGGAAACCGAACACAAAACGGAGAAAGCUGGCACCCGACACAACUUCAAGUCACGUCUGGACAGGCUCGGCAAUUUGUAUUCGGAUGAGCCAAACCUAUCGUCACCCAUCCACCGCACCGAGCAAGACUUCUCCGCAGCCACUCCGCCUAAACAGCAACCGGUGAGAGAGAAGGCUCCGGAUGGGAAGCGGAAGUUUGGUCGUCUUGCUGCCCUGGCUGACCAGAUCAACAACUGGGAGGAUGACCUCACGCAUCAUACCUUUAAUCCUGAGCCAGUCAAGAAAACAACAAAAGCUGAGAAGAAGCAUGAGAAACUGGAUGCGUCAACACUGGAUGUGUCCAUACAUUCGUUCAAUGAUAUCAACAAUGUCCUCAAGAAAACUCCUGCAAAGUCUGCACAGCCCUCAAAAGCAUCUAACACGCGGCAGUCAUCUAAGCCAUCAGUCAACGAGUGCCAGAGGCUCCAAAGACAAAUCAUUGCUGAGCUGGAGGGCGAGGGCUACCGGCGAGUCUCCGCCGGCAAAUCGCGGCUGGUGUACGACUUUACCGCGACGGAAAACGCCGAUCCCGCCCGACAGGAGCCGAAGCGCGCAUCGACAACCCCCAGUGCCGCUCCAGCCCCCAACAUGGCCGCAAUGGUAGCCAGCGCGCCGCCGGUCGCCGCGACGGUGACUAAAAAACCCUCGCUCAAGAAAUACAGGGCUCCCACGCCGCCCAGCAAGAACCAGCUCGGCGACGACGAGGAUAAAGACAAAGAGAACAACGCCGCACAGGCAGAACAAGAAAGCGAUGACGCAAGCGAUUGUAUACAAACAAAGCCGGAGCCGGCUGAUCAAAAACCGGCGGCCGAGAAGGGCUCGCCCGCGGCUAAGAGAAUCGCGCCCAAGCUGAAUGGGAAUGUUGACAGAAGCUCAGUGUUGUCCAGAGCUGCCAUGUUCGAAGCGGGCAGCCCGAGGAAUAAGGACCCCGCCGAAAUGUCUUUACGCGAACGCAAAGCGCUGUUCGAAAAAAACAAGGGCGCCGCUAUAGUGCCCAAGGCGCCCUUCGGCAUGGCACCCUCGGCCAAAACCCUGCACGGCGACAAUAAAGACAAAGCAAAGUCCCAGACCAGUGCGAAGACGACGCCCACAAAAUCAAACAUCUCGACAAACUCGAGAGCAAACUCCAAGGACAGUUUGGCUGAUGACAAUGUUAGCCAGACCUCUGUAGGAGGGAUCAAAGGGAAACUUGCAGCUCUAUUCAGUAAAGAGCAGACGAUAAGCGAGACGACGAUAGCUAAUAAGUUCAAGCAGGAAAGAGAGAAAGAAAUGGAGAUGUUGCAGAACAGAUUCAAUUAUAAGCCCCCAAAAGAAACGCCGGCUCACGACAACGGCGAUUCUGACGACGAGCAAAGUGACAAUGACCGUUCGGAGAAGGCGCCGCUUAUGGGCAGUGCGCUUAACCUCGCGAACGCCGCGAAGAAACCUGAAAUAAUCGCCAAUGUGCCAAAAGUCACGUUCGACGACAAAACCAAAGCCCAGGAGCUCAUAGACAAGGAGGCGGAGAAAGAAAAAGUCGUUGGAUCGCAACCAGUUAAAAGGAGAAGUUCCCAAGACUCCCCAGUAGUACUUUCAGUUCUGGAAGACGUAAAACGGAUAAAAGUGAACAGCAAAAAGGAACCACUGACAAACGGCCUGGUGUUACAGCAGCCUGGUCUCUACCCCCACCUGUCUGACAUAGAGACUGACAAUUCAAAUACCCAGGAGGAGUUCUCCGACUGUGGAGGCUCAAGCACGGACGAACGUCUCAACGACAAUUUGAACAAGUCCGACAACUGGGCGGAGACAUCUUUUGGAAGAGAAGUCAUGAACGUCGUAAAGAAAAACAACACAAGCUACAAAAAAGCGGUCCGUGAAAGCGAUUCCGAUGACACUCACAGCGCUUGCGAUAGCGAACUAGACGAUAUGCUGGAUGAGGCGCUGAACGAGGAUGGGCCCACGCCUCCCAAGGUUAAUAAGCACGGCAGCGUAACAUCUUCGUCCAGUUUUGUGUACCAAGAGAAGGCGCAAUUCAAGUCGCCGCAGAAGCCCAAGCCUCCCCAACACACCACCACCCCCAGGGUAGACCGGGGUAACGAGCUGGUCCAUAGCGUCAGCUUCUAUAGGAGGAUGCAGAAUGCGUCAUCAACGCCCACAACGCCUAUGCGAGUGGUCCGCCACGGCUCGCCCGAGCGAGAGAUCCCGGCGACUCCCGAUGAGCCGGCCGCCGCCGUCACCGUCCGACAGCGGGUGAAGGAACUGCAGAACGAGAUCGCCAAGCAGCAGACUGUCAUCUCGCAGGCCAGUCAAGCAUUGAAUCUAUGCGCCUCUACUAUCGAAUUCAGCGGGUCUACCGAACAAGCUGAAGGAGAGAGACUGCUUCUAUUAGCAACUCACCGCCGCCAAGCGUGCCUCCACGAGGUCCAAAGGCUACAAGUGGAGGGCGCGGGCCCGGCCGCCACCGCCGGCAUGGCGUCGCUGCACAUCCACGGGCUCAGCGUGCCCUUGCGGCGCGACUACGUGCGCCAGCUCAACGCAGACGGCGCCUGCGGGCACCACGCGGUGUGCCUGCUGAAGUGCCGCGACCGCGUGCUGGCCAGCAGCAUGCCGCGCACGCAGCCCAGCGCCGCGCUGCUGCACUUCCCCGACGAGAUCCGCAUGGACCACCUCACCAGCGACUUUAAGGUGACAGUUGAAGUGUAUUUACUUCAAGCAUCCAAAGAAUCCCUUCCGCACGACGUCAAAUAUCACAUCAAUAACAAAAAGUCAAACUCCAAGCUCCUCACGCCCAAGUCCAAAGUAUCAGAGCUGAAAGCCCCGCGCGUCCAGAGCCCGGCCGGGCCGCUGUCGGUGCGCAGCCCGCAGUUCCAGCUGCACGGCUACUGCAUCUUCGCGCUGCAGCAGGCCAGCAGGAAGACAUUCACUCUAAAUAAGGUCCCUUGCGGCAGCCCUCUCGAAGGCUCCGUGAACAUAGACAUCAAAGCGCGCGUGCGAGUGGACGCACCGCCGCCUCACGCCGCCUUCCUGACUGCCUUCGAUGACGUAUCGGGGCUAGGGGCGUGGCACCGCCGCUGGUUCAGACUCUGUGCGCCCACGCUGGCUUAUUGGAAGUAUCCUGAUGACGUUACCAAAAAGCUACCAAUCGGCGACAUCGACCUAUCAACGAUCGUGUCAGACAAAGUAGUCCGGGCGCCCAGAGACCUCUGCGCUCGCCCUAACACAAUAAUGCUGGAAGCCGCCGUGCCCGCCGGCCUCAUAGUCCCGGACAGCGGCUCGCUGGUCUACGUCCGGCGUCCGGACGGCUCACUCGUAAGGAGGCACCUGCUCGCCGCGGACACGCCUAAAGAUAGAGACAUGUGGCUGGAUUGCUUGAACAAAGCACUGGAGUAUGUUAGAUGUUGCGCCACUGAUGAUGAUUGAGUGGUAUGAUGUCGUGUUGAGUGUAAAAUUGUGGAUAUUUUGUUAGUUAUGUAAUAGAAACUAUCAUUUCUUAUUGUCAUCAGAAAUAGUCACAAGUUUUGCUAUUUGUAGGACAGUUGACAGUAUAUCUAUCUUACUUUUGUUUACAAAAAGGCUCAUAAUGCAACUACAUCAAAGUACCAUAGUAUUCUGCCUUCUGUACCUUAUGAGCAAAUUCAGACUUAACAGAGUUUUUAAGGCAAAUAUUUAAGGCACAAUCACCAACAGAUAAUAAUUAGAUUCAGAAUUUAUUGGAAAGUUUUUAAUAAUGUGUUAGCAUCUGCUGUCAACUGUCAACCUACAUAAUCUGGCAGAUUUCACGGUAAAAGCUGACAAAUUACUAAUACAUAUUCUUGGUUCAAUAAUAUGACUGUAUAAUAUACAUUGAUAGCCAGGUGCUUAUUUUUAACGAAUUCAUAGCGAUUAGUAUUAUAUCGUACUUAGUACCUUAGACAUUGUAUUUUAAUGGGACCAUUUUAUUGAUAGUGCUUGCAACGUGUAUGCAGCUUGUAUUAUUGUUAGUUUGACUGAUUUUAGCUUUAAUGUGACGACUAAUACUUUACGAAGUGUAUUGUUAACUAAAACCCGACUAAGUUAACUGCGCAUCUAGCUGGAAUGCGACUCUCAAUUGCACUCACCCGUUUUCACCUCCCCACGUUUGCCCCGUCCGUACCAUACGCCCGUAUUCACAAACGAUACUUGCUUAAGUGAAGCAGAAAAUCGAACGCACAGCGUUGAAUAGAGCUCUGCGAUUGGUUCAUGUGUCACCCAGUGCGUCCACGCGCACUGUGAGACCUCACAGUAAUGUUUGUGAAUACGGGCGAGAGCGUCUAUGUGACGUCACGGCUGCCAGGUGCGCAUUUAACUCGACCGGAUGACAUAUUGGUACAGAAUUUUGAUAAAACAUUUGUUUUAUCAAGAAUUCUGAUUUUAUUUGAGUAAUUUUACUCACAUUUGAGUCUAAAUACAUUCAGAAACCACGUUCAAAACUCGAUAAUAAUAACUCGGAAUAGGAAUCGUAAAAACAUUGGAAAUUUAAUUUUACUGACUCGAUUUAAGCACUGGAAUUGAUAUAUUUUUUAAAAGAAACAUCAUUUUAUUGUAAUGCUUACAUGUCUUACAAGUAUAAUUUAAUUAAAUGUAACUUUUAUGUUUUAUGCAAGUUUUGAAUUAUUAACUAAUAUUAUUUACAUACUACUAUUUUAAUGUCAUUAAUUAACAAUUACUACAAUCAUGUACCACCAAUUAACUUUUACUUAAUUUUACGUUGUGUGUAUGCGUUUUAUCAUGUUUUAUCUUUACAUACUUAAUUUUAGCUAACACCUUAAUGUUUAAAAAUUGCGAAAAUAGUAGUCUUUUGAAUUUUUCUCUCAUGAUAAUGACAAAAGUUAAAUUUCCUUUGAACAACAUUUUAAAGGUAAAGGCGAUCUUACUGACCAAAUUAGGUACAUAAAAAUUCAAGUACUAAUCAUUUUAUUGUAGUGUAAUUAAAAAAUUCGUGUAAGGCACUAGUCUAGGUAUAAAAAUACCUUCCUAGGAGUAUCGUAUUAUUUUAUUAUACUUAUUUGUUUUGUUGUCCCAUUCUCUCAAUACAGUACACAUGACUGCAAUUCAUUUUGAAUUAGUUAUUGGUAAAAUAUUGCAAUAAUAUUAUAUUAUUAUUUCUGUACAUAAAAUCAAUUUAUUCCAAUAAAGUAAU